AGUCCAAGGGCUCUCUAUAUGUCAUCCUGUUACCCCACGCGUCCAUAUUAGCGCACUCCGCCCGCCCCGGGCCCGGCGCUCGCCUGCCAUGGAGCGGGGGCUGGUGCUGGUCGCCCUGUGCCUCGCGGCCGCUGGGGCGCCGCAGCACCAGGGGGCCAGCGCUCCUCUCGAGAUCGACGGCGGCGCCGCCGACAGCGCCCUGCUGCAGGUGAGUGCCUCUUCGGACGAGGUCGUCCAGGACAAGAAGGCCACGCGGAGGAAGUCCGAGGGUGGCCUCGAGUACGACACCGUCUCCGAGGAGCAGGACCACAUGCCGAAGGAUUUCUCCAGCGGGAAGCAGAAGCAUAACCGCGCCGCGCAGCACUCCCGGCAUAGCAAGUGGGCCGAGGAGGUCAGGGCGGGCGACGACAGUCGCCCCACAUCCGCGUCGUACUCCUUCGCCAGCCUGAACGCGGGCGUCUCCGCCGGACAGGGCCAGCAGGACACGAUCUCGGAGGAGCCGUCGUCCUCCGGCUCCAUGAACAUGGGGGCGACC